GGGGCUGGGGCUGCGCCAGGCUCUGGGAGCAGACACACAGCGGGACACAGAGCGGGCAGCAUGAGGCUGCUGGCUGCGGUGCUGCUGGCUGCUCUCCUGCCGGGGUUCUCUGCCCCCCAGAUGCUGUGGCCGGAUGAACCCUCACACAUCUGCUCCUUCCAGAGCCUCAGCGGCAAGGACAGCGAGUUCUGCAGAGGCAACUUAGAAGUCAUCUACCCAGAGCUGGGCGAUGUGGGCUGCACCUACAUCCCCACUUGCCACCAGUCCCGUUGGCGCAUCAGCAGGGAGUGGGGCAGCCCCCAGGUCCUCUACCCUCAGGCCAAAAAGAGCAAGAAGUACGUGGUGGUGCUGGUGGACCCCGACGCCCCCAGCAGAGCCGACCCCCGGCGCCGCUUCUGGAGGCAUUGGCUGCUCACCGACGUCCCUGGCACAGAGCUGAGGACGGGGGAGCUCAGAGGGCGCGUGCUGACAGAAUACGCCCGCCCCACGCCGCCGCCCCGCAGUGGGUACCACCGCUACCAGCUGCGCCUGUAUGAGCAGCCCGAGGGCGAACGCAUCACCCUGGGUCCUGAGGAGCGCAUCUCUGCGGGCUCCUGGUCGCUGCACAACUUCGUGGAGCGCUUUCGGCUCGGCUCCCCCGUGGCCUCGACUCAAUUCCUCACCAAACACCACGAGGAUUAGAGGGGCUCAGACCCCACAGCGCUCCCAGCCUCCUCCGAACCCCAAAUCCCUCUGCGCAGCUCCGCUGUGGGGCUCUCAGUGCACCCCAAAGGUGCCCCCCCUCGAAGCUUUGCUGUUUGCUGAAUUGAACCCACGGAUGUUUGUCGGGUCUUUGCAUCCAGCCCCGGUGUCACCUGGCGGUGGCACUGGGAUGCAGUGCGGGAGCUGCUGCGGCUCCAUCCCUGCUCUUCUCUUGGAAAGCAAAACCGAAAUUAAAGCUGUAAAUCAGAAGA